GGCUAUAAAUAGCAGAGCCAGUCCGGUCGUGACAGCCAUGAAGUAAGCUAGUAAAACACUUUAUUACCUUCGCAGCAGAUUCCAACAAAGCAGGAAUUAAAACACAAUAUUAAGAAGAAGAAGAUGAUGAUAAUGAUGAUUAAGCUCUGCUUCUUCGCCAUGGCCAUCCUCUGCAUUGCCCCUGCAAAUGCUCAGACACAAGGAGUAGUGUUUGGAUAUAGAGGGAAAAAUGGACCAAACCAAUGGGGACACUUAAACCCUCACUACACUAAAUGUGCUGUCGGGAAACUGCAAUCUCCAAUUGAUAUACAGAGGAGGCAAACUUUUUAUAACCGCAAAUUGGAAUCGCUACACCGCGAAUACCACACCACAAACGCAACGCUUGUGAACCACGUCUGCAAUGUCGCGAUGUUCUUCGGGGAAGGAGCAGGAGAUGUGGUGAUAGACAAUAAGAACUAUACCUUACAGCAAAUGCAUUGGCACACUCCUUCUGAACAUCAUCUCCUUGGAGUCCGAUAUGCAGCUGAGCUUCACAUGGUACACCAAGCAAAAGAUGGAAGCUUUGCUGUGGUAGCAAGCCUCUUCAAAAUCGGCAGUGAAGAACCUUUCCUCUCUCAGAUGAAGGAUAAAUUGGUGAAGCUAAAGGAGGAGAGAUUCAAAGGGAACCAAACAGCACAAGUGGAAGUAGGAAAAAUAGACACAAGACAUAUCGAACGUAAGACUAGAAAGUACUUCAGAUACGUUGGUUCACUCACUACUCCUCCUUGCUCCGAAAACGUCUCUUGGACCAUUCUUGGCAAGGUGAGGUCAAUGUCAAAGGAGCAAAUAGAACUACUCAGAUCUCCAUUGGACAUUUCUUACAUGAACAAUUCAAGACCUUGUCAAUCCCUUAACGGCCGGAGAGUUGAGAUGUUCCAUGAGCUAGCCACCGAUAAAAAUGAAACCGGUAGCAAAAAGAAAAAACCCAAUUAAGUUUUACAUUGUGUAUCGGUUUUUUCAGAACUCUGAUUAGCCUCGAGAGAUUAAUUAGCUCUGUAAUACGAGAAAGAAUAAAAAAAUAAUCUUACGUAGUACUAUAUAUGUUCUGUUAACUACUUGAUCUUCGAAAUCCAACUAAAUUUGGUAAUGUGGCAUAGUGAGAUAUAUAUGCCUACGUUGAAAACAAUGUGUGAUAAUAAUAUACUAGUAUUAAUUAUAUACGUAGUAUUAUGUUUUUAUAACAACAGUCAACAGUGACACAAAUAUCCCCAAAGUGUUAAACAGGGUUUGACUUUUAAGACAUCAAUCUUAAUUAUAAUCUAAUGAUCAGUUUAGUUGAAGCCAAACUGAUCUCUCAAGGUGAUCAACCACCGAUGGUUUGGCACAAAAAG